GAGUUACAAGGCCACCUCCGGUUUCUUCUUCUUCUUCUUCUUCCCACCUUCCCUUUCCACCACCUUAUCCUUGAAUCUACGGGGUUUCCGAGCGCACGUUUAUAAUUGCCAUCGAAGUAGCAGAACCGGACGUUGAUGAUAAUCAUGGCCGGAGAUGAAGACUGCACUCGGACGCAGCUACCCUUCAACGAGAACGACUCCCAGGACGUGGUCCUGUUCGAGGUCCUCCGCGAGGCGUCGGCCGGGCCCCCGCCGCCGCCGCCGCUGCCCUCCUCAUCCUCCACCUCGGACGACUCGGGUUCAGGCCCCGCCCGCAGGCGCGCCGGGAAGUACCGAGGGGUACGGCGGCGGCCGUGGGGCAAGUUCGCGGCGGAGAUCCGCGACUCGUCCCGGCACGGCGCCCGGCUCUGGCUCGGUACCUUCGACACGGCCGAGGCGGCGGCCAUAGCCUACGACCGAGCGGCGUUCCGGAUGCGCGGUUCCAAGGCGCUCCUCAACUUCCCACUAGCCAUCGCGCUCGCAAGCGGAGCGCCGGCGGUUGGCAGGCAAAGAAUUGCGCAGGGCGGUUCCGAUGCCGUUCCCAGCACGGUGGAGCCUCAGAACCCGAGGCCGGACCACUCGGCAGGCUUGCUGGAAGCCUCCAAAGCAGGUGAGAGUACAAAGAGUGUUCUCAACAGGCAACUCUGACGUGGUGAUUCAUGAAGCUUGAUGUGAGUAAACUUGGAAUCGGAUGCAAUAGAUGCUCAAAAUUGAUCAUAGACGAAGUCCUCUGUCAACCUGUUGAGGCGAUUCAUCAAUUCAUUUACUCUGUUUCCCUUUUUAUUAAAGACUACGCUCAAUAUCUGAUAUUGUAAUACGUAUGCAAUCUGGACAAAGCAAAAGAGAUGGAUGAAACCGAUGGACUGAGAAAAGCUUUUGUGUUUGCUGUGC